AUGAACAUCCGCCAGUUUAUGCUCGCUUCUGGCACCCGUCGUGAAAUACGCAGUAUUAAAUUGGACCCCGUAGACUUUCGCUGUUGCCGUUUUGACGGAGAUGCGGCGGACGGUGCCGCUGCUGUCCGUUUUCGCUUGGUAGACCCUGGAGCCGGUAGUGACCGGGGCACGGAUGCCACGGCGCGGUCUUCGGACCGCAGCUGGCGUGUUGGUGUUGCCUUGCCAGGGGCACCACGCAUCUGGGCGUCGACCUCAUCAUCAAAGUUCCCCUCGUCGUCCUCGUUUUCGCCAUCACCGCCAAGGUCGGUCGGGGCCUGUGUUUCAUUGCCAAAGGCAAAGUCCUGUGUCUCAGGCUCGACCGUCCUUGUCUUUGUCGGCGUCCGUUGCCGUGCCCCAGAACGAGUAACCCGGCGUGAUUGGAAAUCGUCUUCGUCGUCGUCUUCGUCGUCACUGUCCUCCUCCUCGUCGCCGUCACCACCGACAUCGCCGGCACCGGCUUCGGCCUCUGCACCUGAGAACCGAACAUGCUUACUGGGACUUUCAGGCGCUGGUGCAUCAGGAUGCGCCUCGCUGCUUCUGAAAAAUCCGCGGACGACGUCCACUAAGCCCCUGCUGCGACUGGCCGAGCCCGGCGCUGGAUUACCAGACGGUGUCUGCGCGUCUGCCUCUGCUGCCUCUGCCUCUCCGUUGCCUUCUUCUCCUUCGUCCUCCUCGCCACCCUCCUCAUCUUCACCCUCCUCGUCGCUGCCACUGGCUUCGCUGCGAUGCCAGGAGCGUAUACUUGGUGCUGUCGAGCCCGAGCGUCUCGACGACACUAUCCCAGUUGAUCCGGUCACCGUCAUCUGCAGCAUCCUGCAACGCUGUCCAGAGCGAGUACGUGUCGAGGAAGCGUCCACCAAUGAAGAAGGAUGGCGGGACGUACACACCAAGGUAGUCGUUGUAUUCAUCGAGGCACUUUUGAAACACUUGCUGCUGGUUGUCAUGGUCGCCGACGCCAUUGAGAAUAGCAUCAUCGUCAAGGUCAAGACCGUCGUCACCGCCGUCGAUCUCCUCUGUGUCUUCUUGCGGGUUGCCUUGUUCUCCAUUCGACGUGCCGUUCUGGGUUUGGCUCUGAGGAAUCGUACUGGGUGCAGCUGCUGGUGCGGCAUCCCCUUUUGUGUACAUAUUCCGGAGUCUGUAGUAUCGACUACGUAA